AUGGACGGAUCAAGUACAGGCUGCAAUGGACGUUCCAUUACAAGCUACGGACGUUCCAUAUCAAGCUUGUGGCUGAGAAGUGAUGACCACGACCGCUCUGAUAAGAGCAUAAGUCGUAAUAUUAGCAUAGAAGGGAAUGACUUCGUUCUGGAUGGAAAGCCUUUUCGGAUUAUGUCGGGGUCUCUUCAUUAUUUCAGGCUGCCGUCGGAAUAUUGGCGCGACCGGCUGAGAAAAUUAAGAGCAGCUGGCCUCAAUUCUGUAGCCACGUAUGUAGAGUGGAGCAGCCACGAGCCGGAAGAUGGUUCAACCACAUUUGACGGAGACAACGACAUCGCUCGCUUCAUAAGUAUCGCAGCGGAGGAAGAGUUAUACGUUCUACUUCGACCGGGUCCUUAUAUUUGUGGUGAACGGGACCUAGGAGGUCUUCCAUACUGGCUUCUUGGUAAAUACCCAAACAUAAGAUUGCGGUCAACAGACAAAGAUUUUAUCGCAGAAACUGAAAAAUGGAUGUCUAAAGUUUUCAACCAACUCAAACCUCUUUUAUACGGAAAUGGAGGUCCAAUAAUAAUGGUACAGGUAGAAAACGAAUAUGGUAGUUAUGGAAGUAGUAAAGCAUACAUGGAGCAAAUUCGUGACAUAAUAAAACAGCACGUCGAAAACAAAGCAUUAUUGUUUACGACAGACGGUCCUUAUCAUUCGUAUUUCUAUGACGGAUCUGUCCCCGGGGCACUCACUACAAUAGACUUCGGAACUACAGCGAAUAAAGUAGUGGACAUGUUUAAGCAGCUGCGCGCAUUCAUGCCUGUAGGACCUUUAAUGAACUCAGAGUUCUAUCCCGGCUGGCUCACUCACUGGACUGAAGACAUACAACAAGUAGCCACAGAACGUGUCGUCGCUACUCUAACAGAUAUGUUGGAUAACAAUAUCAAUUUCAAUAUUUACAUGUUCUUUGGCGGCACUAAUUUUGAAUUUACAUCAGGUGCUAAUUACGGUUUAUUCUACCAACCUGACCUCACAUCGUAUGAUUAUGAUGCUCCCCUAUCAGAAGCAGGAGAUCCGACGCCAAAAUAUAACGCUAUACGCAACGCACUAGCAAAGUACAAUCUUGUCCCAAAGUACCUACCUCCUCCUGUGCCAUCUAAAAAAGGGUCGUAUGGGCAAAUAACUUUAAGACCAAAAAUCAAUCUACUAUCUACAGACGGUCGCUCGAAACUCGGAAUGAAAUAUGAAGACGUUAAUGGAAUAAAAUUACCAUCAUUCGAAGAACUACGUCAACGCAGCGGACUGGUUCUUUAUGAGACAACGCUUAAUGAAACAGAAGGAGUUCUGACAAUAACAAUGCCCCGUGAUUGGAUAUAUGUUUUCGUUGAUAGUAAACUACAAGGAGUUAUUAACAGAAUGCAGAAACAAUACACGAUCAAUAUAAAAGCAAAGCAAGAUUCCGUUUUGUCUUUGCUUGUAGAAAAUCAAGGACGAAUUAACUAUGGCAAUAGGUUACAUGAUUUUAAGGGGAUAUUAGGACCAGUGUCUUUGGAAAAUACGAAAGGAUAUAACAAAAGGUUAGAAGGUCCUUGGAAAGUUACUGGAUACCCUUUGGAAGUUGAAAAGAGUUCUGAUUUAGGGCUAAACAAUAUUGUCGGUGAAGCGAGUACUGCAGUAGGUCCCACGCUAUAUGAAGGUGUACUUCUUUUACCUCAGGGUACACCGUUGGAUACGUUUGUUGAUCCCACUGGAUGGGGAAAAGGUUACAUAUUUGUAAAUGGGCAUAACCUUGGAAGGUAUUGGCCGAAAGUGGGACCGCAAGUGACACUUUACUUACCAGGAGUUUGGUUAAAACCGGCGCCUGCGCAGAAUAUUGUCAAGAUACUCGAACUACAAGAUUCUCCGAUAAGCCCGACGCUCAGUUUCCUUGAUUAUCCUAUUUUAAAUAGAACUGGUAGUCUGUUUGAUAGUUUACUAUUCAAUUGAGUUUAGUCUCCUUAUUAGUAUAAUGUUUUGAACCAAUGUAUAAAAUAUUUUUAAGAACUUUUAGAAAAAUUUUAGGGCUAUACCUUAAUGAAUAAUUAAGGGGAAAAUGUUAUUUAAAGUACGAAAUUCUAUAACUAACAUAUCUAUGUAAAUAUAUUACAUUUUUUAAGUAACAUACCAAUAUUAUAUAAAAUGUACCUACAGGAUAGUACCUAUAUAAUAAAGUGUUUCCAAAAUUAUGAGUA